AUGGCCAGUCACUUACAAAAUCCUCUCUCUUUACCUCCUAUCAACAAUCUCACUUGCAUUGUCACCGGAUCCACCAGCGGCAUCGGUCUCCAAGUUGCCAGGCAAUUGGCGGAAUCCGGAGCUCAUGUUGUUAUGGCGGUUAGGAAUACGAAAGCAGCUCAUGAUUUGAUUCAUAAAUGGCAGUCUGAAUGGACUGGCCUUGGCCUUCCUCUUAAUAUCGAGGUGAUGGAGCUUGAUCUUUUGUCUUUGGAAUCUGUUGUGAGGUUUGCUGAAGCUUGGAAUGCCCGAAUGGGACCUUUGCAUGUUCUUAUUAAUAAUGCUGGAAUGUUUUCAAUUCGAGCUGAUAUAGUUCAUGAACUAAUAGGAAGGUUCCUGCAAUUCUGCAAUGAGAAGCCUUGGUCACAAUUAGAUGCUAAGUGCCAUUUUGGAAAUCAAGUCGCAUCAGCCAGGGUGAUGGAGGGAUGGGUGUUGUUGGAGAAAGCAAGAUUUCGUGGUGUUGUCACAAUGUUUGUGAUCAAAGAAGUGAAAACUUCAAGUUUAGAACCACAAAAGUUUUCAAAGGAUGGGUAUGAAGAACACAUGCAAGUGAAUCAUCUGGCCCCAGCAUUGCUUUCAAUAUUGCUUUUGCCAUCUCUGAUUAGAGGCUCUCCAAGCCGAAUAAUCAAUGUGAAUUCAGUUAUGCAUUAUGUUGGCUUUGUUGACACAGAAGACAUGAAUGUUGUUUCUGGGAAGCGAAAGUAUACAAGCUUAGUUGGAUACACCGGCAGCAAGUUAGCACAGGUCAUGUUUACUAGUGUUCUGCACAAGCGGCUUCCUGCUGAAUCUGGCAUCAGUGUAUUGUGUGUUUCCCCUGGAAUUGUCCAAACGAAUGUCGCAAGGGAUCUUCCCAAAAUUGUGCAAGCUGGUUAUCACCUUAUACCAUAUUUUAUCUUCAAUGCCCGAGAAGAUGCAUGUGACAGGAAGUUUACGAAUGAACACAUUUUUAGCGAAUCAGAUACCGUGCAUGUUUCUUGCAUUCUCAAUGUCGGACAUGAUGGCUUGAAUGAUGAUGAUAUUUUGGGUUCCAGGAGCACUCUUUUUUCAGCAACUGAUCCUCAGAUUCCAGAAUACUGCGAGUUGUUAAAAUCAGAUGACUGGCCAGUUUGUGCAUUCAUUUCUCAAGAUUGUCGACCAACAAAUCCUUCCGAAGAAGCACACAACAUCGACACUUCAUAUGAAGUAUGGGAGAAGACUUUAGAGAUGAUCGGCCUUCCUUCGGAUGCUGUAGAGAAGCUAAUGGAAGGGGAAGAAAAUGGAAAGUUACCCGAUACUGAGGCUGUGAGUGAAAAGGAGAAAAAGGAAGCCCCAAGUGGUAGAGCUUGCAAAAGGUUGUCGCCCUUUCACUCCUUUAGUGAGUUUGAGAGAGACGAAAACCAAAGAGCAAGGCAGCAAAAGCAUCACCAACACAUGGGAGAAUGUACCAGUGUUGAGAAAAGGUAA